AUGCAUUGGAUUUGUCUUCUAUUUUUCUGUGUUUAUACCGUUUCCACCAAAAAUGUCGGAACAUCUGAUGUUCGAGAUCUCAAAUCAGCACUUGAAGGAACCUUAAAUACCACGGAAGUCAUUAGAAUAUUAUGUAAUCGUAACAAUUCGGAGAUUCAGAAGAUAAUUGAUUUAUAUCACAGCACUUUUGGUCAAGAUUUGAAAGAAGUUUUGAACGAAAAAUUGAGCGAUGAUGAUUUCAAAUAUUUCAUAAUAGCAUUACUUGAUACAAAACCAUAUUAUGAAGCGAAAUUAUUGUUUGAUGCGAUGAACGGAUUUGGAACUGAUGAAGAUGUUUUGAUCGAAAUUUUGGUAUCAAGAACAAAUAAAGAAAUCAAUGAAAUUAAGAAAGCUUAUUGGAAUUUGUAUCAUAAAGAUUUUGUGAAAGAAUUGAAAGAUGACACGGAAGGAGAUUUGGAAGAUUUUUUAGUUCUAAUUGCAGCAGCAGAAAGAGAUGAAUCAAAGCAUACAAAUAUUGAAAAAGCAAAAAAAGAUGCGAAUAGAUUGCAUGAAGCUGGAGUUGCUUCGUUGUUUCAUACAAACGAAGAAGUUUUCAACGAAAUUUUGGUCAAACAAAAUUUCGAUCAACUUCGAUUGGUUUUCAAAGAAUAUCGAUCACAUAAGAUAUUUGUCGCAGCUUAUCAUGAAAUUGAAGUUGCAAUUGAUGAAGAAACAAGUGGUUAUAUUAAUCAGGCACUUAAAGAACUUAUUCAAGUUAUUCGAAACAAAUCAAAUUAUUUUGCUCGUCUUUUUAAAAGUGGUGAUAGAAAAAGGAUGAUUCGAACAAUUGUGAGUAGAAGUGAAAUUGAUUUGAAGGAAAUUGUGGAACAAUUUGGAGGAAAAAAUAAAUUGAAAACGUUUGUUGAGAAAUGGACAUCUGGAGAUUUGAAAAAUGGAUUAGUCACUUUUCUUGAAAAUCAUUGGUGAACAAUAAAUGUUGAACUUUCUCUGAUAGGAUAUUCACAGAGUAUUAUUUUCUAACAAAAAGAUUUCCCGAAAUUUUUAGACCUAACAUAUUUACAGCUUUUUUCCAAAAAAAUCGGUUUCACUCUGUUUGACAGCCAAAACGAAACAUUCUCCACAAAAGUUAAAAUGAAAAAUAAAAAAUAGAGUCACGUUAAAUCGUGUAUUUAAAUUUCUCAAAAUUUUCAUCAAUUUUUCCUUAUUCAGCAUAAAAUUUCACCCCGAAAACAUUAUUUCCAGUUUUUUCCUCAAAAAACUCAACACUUUUCCCUCAAGCAAAACUAAGCUCCGCCCACUUUGCAUGCAUUCGAUGCAACCACGCACAACCAGCCAGCUGUCUGCAGCGCUGAUUAUUUAUAAUAGCGCAUUAUCAAUUCUCUCUAUCGCUUCUUCGGCUUAUUAGCUAAGAAGGAAUGCUUCCCAAAGUGACCCCACCGAUUUGGAUGAGACUGGGUGGAAACUUCUUAGUAUUGGCGGGUAUGAAAAACCCUAGGGGGAUUUUUCCAACAAAAAUUUAUUUCCUGACUUAGGCUAAGUUCGAGAUUUUUUGACUCAAAAAGCAUGUUUCAACUUCAAAAAUUCAUAAUUGAGUUCAUUUUCAAGUAAAUGACUCGACUAAAAAACCAAAAUGUAGCUAAAACACUGUAGUUUUCGAAAAAAAAUAGACCUGAACACGAAAAAAUUUUUGAAAAUUAAAAAAUGGGGUCACAAGGAGAAUCAAUUUUUUGCCUCAUUACGUACUUGAUGAAAGGAGGCAAGUACGUGAGUUCUAGCUGCGAUUUUUGAACUCUACGCGCAAAAUUAGGUCUAGGGACCCAUUUUCAGAAAAAUUGACCGUUCUAUAUUAACAUAUCGUAUUUUUAUGUCUCAUUUCAAGAUGAAAAUCCGGCAAAAAAAUGAAUUUUUUGGGUGUAACUGUUCAUGGCCGAGUGGUUAGCAUGCAUGGUUACCAAGAAAUCGGUCGUAGGUUCAAUCCCCAUUCUGACAUAUUUUUUUCAAAGCUACAUCAAAGUCUAACUUAUAUUUAUCUGAAAUUGAUUUGUUUCGGCUCAAUUAUUAGCAAAAAGUGAAACCUUUGAAAAAGAAAAAAUCCUCAAAGCGCAAUUGCUUGACGGAACGUUAGGUGAGGUUUGACUCCAUGUCAGACUGACCCUCAAGGCAUGGCUCCUCGAAAGACACACUCUCAAGGCGUGGCUCUUUGACAAACCGACCCUCGAGGCGUGGCACUUUGAAAGACAUGCUUUCAAGGCGUGGCUCCUUGAAAGUCCUCUGUCAAGGAAAGUAAUGUUUGUUUUGUCAAGAACUUUGACAUUUUUACUGUCAAGGAACCGCUCCUCAAGCGAUUUUUCGCAAAAUGUCGGUUUGUCAAGGAGCAAAGCCUUGAGGGUCAGCUUGUCAAGAAGCCACGCCUUGAGAGCGUGUCUUCCAAGGAUUCACGUCUUGGCUCAACUUGUCCAGAAGCAACGCUUUAAGAGCGUAUAUUUCAAGGAGUCACGCCUUGAGGAUCACUUUGUCAAGGUGCAACGCGUUGAAAACGUAUUUCCUCAAGGAGCCACGCCUUGAGAGUGUGUCUUUCGAGGAGCCAUGCAUUGAGGGUCAGUCUGACAUGGAGUCAAACCUCACCUAACGUUCCGUCAAGCAUUUGCGCUUUGAGGAUUUUUUUUCUUUUUCAAAGGUUUCACUUUUUGCUAAUAAUUGAGCCGAAACAAAUCAAUUUCAGAUAAAUAUAAGUUAGACUUUGAUGUAGCUUUGAAAAAAAAUGUCAGCAUGGGGAUUGAACCUACGACCGAUUUCUUGGUAACCAUGCAUGCUAACCACUCGGCCAUGAACAGUUACACCCAAAAAAUUCACUUUUUUGCCGGAUUUUCAUCUUGAAAUGGGACAUAAAAAUACGAUAUGUUAAUAUAGAACGGUCAAUUUUUCUGAAAAUGGGUCCCUAGACCUAAUUUUGCGCGUAGAGUUCGAAAAUCGCUACUAGAACUCACGUACUUGCCUCCUUUCAUCAAGUACGUGAUGAGGCAAAAAAUUGAUUCUCCUUGUGACCCCAUUUUUUAAUUUUCAAAAAUUUUUUCGUGUUCAGGUCUAUUUUUUUCGAAAACUACAGUGUUUUAGCUACAUUUUGGUUUUUUAGUCGAGUCAUUUACUUGAAAAUGAACUCAAUUAUGAAUUUUUGAAGUUGAAACAUGCUUUUUGAGUCAAAAAAUCUCGAACUUAGCCUAAGUCAGGAAAUAAAUUUUUGUUGGAAAAAUCCCCUAGGGUUUUUCAUACCCGCCAAUACUAAGAAGUUUCCACCCAGUCUCAUCCAAAUCGGUGGGGUCACUUUGGGAAGCAUUCCUUCUAAGAUCAAAGUGUAGUAUCUGUUCUUAUCGUAUUAACCUACGGUAUACAUUCGAAUGAAUGUAAUUAAGGUUAUAUGAUUUUUGGAACCUAGGAAAGACUCGGGGCUUGCUCCGACUUUCCAAGGGUCGUCUCAGCGUUGCACUGCUGCUGAGCUCGGCCCAGUCCCCAAUGGGGACAACAAAAAAGAGCUACUAAAGAAAAUAGUAUUUCCAGGUAUCGCUUCACAAUUCAAGGCUACUCUUAUAAUUUGGGACAUUUCGUCAAUCUCACUUCAAUUAUUGCCAGCGUCAUUUCCUUGGAACAAUUUAUCACAUUCCUGAUUUUUGCAAUUAACUCAGAUAAUCUAUCUGAAUACACAGACAGUUCAUUAGGAUAUUCAGCAUAUCUUGCACUUUUAUCAGCGAUUUCAACAGUUGCAGCGAGUGGAAUUUUACAAUUCGUAAGAAUUAAAGAUUGCAGAUAAUAAAUUUUUUUUGUUUGUCGAUAUUUUCCCAUAGAAACAAAAAAACAUCAAAGAAACAACAUUUUGAUCUUUUAAUUUUGUUCCAAUUAGAAAUCACAAAACUCUCUAUUUGUUGUCAUUUUGUGUCAAACAGAGACCACAACUAAGUAUUUCUUCACAUGGUUUUUUGUUCGCAAUACUAUCUCUUUUUUGUCUGUCAACCUCUCUUUUUAUCAAUGAUGCAAACUACUCUAUAAAUACAGACUCUCUCCUUUUUAUUUAUUGUUUGAUUUGAGCAUGCAUUUGUUUCCCAUAUUCUUGAUUUUUCUAGUUGGAAUUGUGAAUUCUUAUAAAUAUGUGAUUUUUGUGCCAAAUAUUUCGAAUAGCCAGGUUUGUUAAGCUUCAAAAGAGAAAUUUGAUUAAAUUUUUUUCUGUAGGUUCAAUUUUGUUCGCGAGUUGCUGAAACUUUGGUUGGCGGUGGACAUGAUGUCACAAUGUUAUUUGUCAGCCAUUUUUCGGAUUAUAACACAUCAGAUGUCAAAAUUCCAAAAGGUGUUAAAUGUGAGUUUUUCUAAAAGUACACAUUUUAUUUUCAAAAAUAAUAAUUUCAGCUUAUAACUUGAAUGCAUUUGUUGAAGGAGCGAGCAAAGCAGAAAUUGAGAAAGAGCAAGCAAAAAUGAUAUUUCAAGAGACAAGUAUUUUGGACACAAGGCUUAUGACUAUGAUGAAAAAAUUUACUAAUUUAUUAAACGAAGGUUGUCGCAAAGUUUUGCAAGAUAAAAAAUUCUUGGCGUGGAUCAAAAACGAGAAUUUCGAUGUAGCCUAUGCUUAUGUAUAUUCAACUUGUCCUCAAGGAAUUAUUCAUUAUGCUGGAAUUCCUUCAUGGGUUUGGUUGAACAGUGGACCAAUGUUAGAUCAUGUUGCAAGUGCAAUUGGAGUUCCAACAGUUCCAAGUUAUGUUCCUCCAGUUAUGAUGGAAUCAACCGAUGAAAUGACAUUUUUCGAGAGAACUAAAAGUUUCAUCGGACAUGCUUUAUCAGGUGUUAUUGUUGGUUUGAUGGCUGAAUCUAAUACAGCAGUUUUUCGAGAAGAAUUGAAUGAUCCAAAUUUCCCAAGCACUUUGGAGAUUAGCCAGAAAUGCCCAUUGGUUAUUGUGAAUACAAAUGAAUUAUAUGAUCUUCCACGUCCACUUCUUGCAAAAGUUAUUAAUAUUGGUGGAUUGGGUGUUGGUUUUGAUAGUGCAAAACCAUUGAAACCAGAAAUUCAGGUAAGCAAUUUUUUUGAGGAUUUCAGAAAAGUCUCAGAAAAGAUUACUGUACAUUUAUGUAUUGUUAGUAAUAUUAUGAAUCAGAAAAUUCAAAACCCAAAACGAAAUUCUGAAAUUUUUCAGAAAAUCGUUGAUAGUGGAAAAGGCACAAUUGUUUUUUCAUUUGGUUCAGUAGCCGCUGCUCACGAAAUGCCAGAAGCUUGGAAAAAUUCAAUCCUCGAAGCUUUUGCUGAAUUCCCAGAUUAUCAAUUCUUCAUGAGAUAUAUUGCAGAUGAUCUCAAUGAUCGUCUCCCAAAAAAUGUUCAUAUUUCAAAAUGGUUACCUCAAAAAGAUCUUUUACUCAACCCAAAAACCAAGGCAUUUAUUACUCACGGAGGAUAUAAUAGUUUGCAAGAAUCAAUAUCUGCUGGAGUUCCAAUGAUAACAAUUGCUUUAUUUGGAGAUCAACCAAAAAAUGCAAAACUUGCGAAAAAACAUGGAUUCGCUGUGAAUAUUGCAAAAGGAACAAUUUCAAAACAAACAGUUUCUGAUGCAAUUCGAGAAAUUAUAAAUAAUCCAAAUUAUUCGAAAAAUGCUCAAAGAUUCUCUUCAAUGGUCCGUAAACAACCUUUCAAAGCAAAUGAAUUGCUCCUUCGAUGGUCCGAAUUUUUGGCAGAAUUUAAAACUCUUGAUAAUCUUGUGCCAGCUGGUCAAAAACUCAAUUUCUUCCAAUAUCAUUCUUUGGAUGUUAUGGCUACACUUCUCCUAAUUGUUUUGAUUAUUCUAUUCCUAAUUUACAAAACUCUCCGAUUUGUGAUUUGUAAAGUAUUCUGCUGCUUUGGAAAAUCUCAAGGAAAACUAAAACAAAAUUGA